AAAAAAAAAUUAUAAAUAUUUACUAAAUUUUUAAUAAACGUAAAUAUUUUAGAAAAUUUUACUUUCGGGAAUAUGUUUGUAUGAAACUACGGCUUUGACUUGUAGCUGACCACAUUCAUGGGGAUAAUAAAUGGAACCCCACCUAUUGUCUGCAAGGUCAUGACCAAACAGUAUCUUCUUUUUCUUUGACUCUUUGUGAUCCCUAAGCCUAGGCAACUUGACCGUGUCGACUCUCUGCUGGCCCAUUGUGGAUUCUGUAAAUUUUAGUAGUAAUAAACAACUAGUAAUAGUAAGAAGCUCAAGCACGUAUAACUUAUCACACAAAAAUUACAUAAUAGUAAAGAAAGAAUAUGUAUAUAUAUAUGGCCAUUGUUCACUAUUAUUUAUUAACAUCAUGAGCGUUUUCAUUUUUUUUCAAGUUAGAGCAUAUUUAUCGUAGAUCUUUUAGGUUGGGUUCUCUUAACGUAAUAUAAGAUAUGGUCUCUUAUCUUUUAACUAGAAAACUAAAACAUGUCUCUUAUAUCUCUUAUUUAAGAGACGUCUCUUAGUUUUUUUAGUUAAAAGCUAAGAUACCGUAUGUUAUAUUAUGAUAAGAGACCCAACUUAAUAGAUCCAGAACAAACAUGCUCUUAUACUCCUUGUUUGUCGCAUCAAACUUCUUUUCCUUGGGCUCUAAAGUCUACAAGAGUCAAGACUACAAGUCCCUGUCGUCUCCAUUACUUCCACUUCUGCUCCUUUCUUUACUAACUUUAAUUAUUUUUCUAAGAAAAAUGACAAUAAAUGUUGCUCUCUUUUUCAUUUCCUGUUUCUUGCAAAUUGAAAACCUGAGAAAUCCCUAGCCCACUUCUUUACUUUGCCUUAGCUGUAUUCUACAACCCUAACGAGGGUACUACUAGUAUCUAUAUCAUAUUCACACCUUCAUUGUUAUCAAUCAAAAUCUCAAAGCUCUACUUGAUAUCUUGCAUCUUGGAAAAAUGUUUUGUUUUUUGAACAACCUGCUGUUGCUUUCACAAACAUUAAAUACACAAUGCCGUAAAUGUUGUACAAAAAUUGCGUGUAAUAAAUGGCCAGGGCCGGCUCGAAGCUCGCUGAUCGUCCUUAUUUGCUUCUCUAUUCCCAUACACACAAUCGUAUUUAUUUCCUCUUUUCGUAUUCCUCAUUUUAUUUAUAUCAUCUAUAUAUAAAGAACCCUUCCUUUGGCUUUUUGUUUCAUCUUUACGACAUUAAAAACCAGACUAGAGCAAACACACAUUAAUAGUUUUACCUUUUUUCUCUAAAAUUCUCACUUUGAUCCUAUCUUCCCCUUUUUCACUUGGAGGCGAGGUGAGCAAAAUGGGAAGAAAGCCUUGCUGUGACAAGAAAGGUUUAAAGAAAGGUCCAUGGACUCCUGAAGAAGAUGAGAUUCUUGUUGAAUAUAUCAAUAAAAACAGCCAUGGAAGCUGGAGAUUACUUCCAAAGAAAGCUGGUUUACUACGCUGUGGAAAGAGUUGUAGAUUGAGAUGGACGAACUAUCUAAGACCAGACAUAAAGAGAGGUCCAUUCACUCCCCAGGAGGAGAAACUCGUUGUCCAACUUCACGCCAUUCUUGGCAACAGGUUGCUUCUACAUUGUCUUAUAAAACUCGGUUUCUCGUUGUUUGAAUCCUCUCUUUUUGUCUUUGGGGUUAGGUGGGCUGCUAUAGCAGCACAGCUUCCAGGGAGAACAGAUAACGAGAUCAAGAACUUAUGGAACACUCACUUGAAGAAACGUAUGCUAAGUAUGGGUCUUGAUCCCAAAACCCACGAGCCGUUACCUUCACAUGGGUUAGCCAAACAAGCUUCAGCUUCACAAACAACUCGCCACAUGGCUCAAUGGGAAAGUGCUAGGCUCGAAGCUGAGGCAAGACUCUCUAGAGAGUCAAUGCUUUUUAAUCCUUCUUGUGAAGUGAAAUAUGAAUGUGAUCACUUCUUACGCAUAUGGAACUCAGAGAUUGGUGAAUCUUUCAAAAACCUUACUACUACAAGUCAAAGCCCUUGCUCGAGGACAACAUCUUCCUCAUCUGCACUUGUAGGGAAAGAGACUGUUAUGGGGAUUAAUCAUGGCUCUGGCUCUUCUUCUCCAUGUUCGAACAAUGUUCAAGAUGUUUCAUCAGACUCUGCUCUUCAGCUUCUACUUGAUUUCCCAAUAAGUGAUGAUGAUAUGAGCUUCUUGGAAGAGAACAUUGGUAGUAGCUACACAGAGUCACACGUUGGUGUUUCUAUCAAUGGUUUCUAAAUUCUAAAGAGAGAUUCAAACUUUGGUCUUCUGAUCUUUAGUGAUCAUUGUCUAUGUAAAUUCGCAUUUAGUUGGCUUAAAAUUAUUUCUUUUCUUAUC